GAUCAUGCAGCGGAUAAGCUUUUCACCUCCUCCUCCUCCUCCUCCUCCUCCUCAUUAUCAUCACAUGAAUCCCGCCAUGCCCAGCUGAGGAAUUAUGCCAUCCAACAACAGCACGGUGCCAGACCCAGCUCAGGAAUACACCUGUGUGCGCUUCUACGUCUCCACCGCGUCCUUCUCGCUGCUCCUCUUCUUCAACCUCAUCAUCAACUGGACCAUCGUUCGCGAGGAGCGUCUGCGGACUCGUGUGCGCUACGUGCUGAUCUUCCACCUGCUGGUGUCCGCGCUCGUCUACCUGGGCAUGAGCAGCGUCUUCUACUACCAGAUCCACCUGGACGCGCGGCCGGGACGCGGCGCGUGUCUGCUCAUGGUCACCGUGCUGAUCACCAGCGCCUCCAACGCUCUGCUGACGCUCACGGUCAUGGCUCUGGACCGUUACUGCGCCGUGUGCUACCCGAUGCGCUACAGUGUCACCUGCACGGCGGGGCACUGGCCGUGGCUGCUGGGGCUGUUCACGUGGCUGCUGGCCUUGGUCAUCCCUCUCAGCCUGCUCCUCCAGCUCCGCGGGGAGGACGGCUACCCCCACUAUGACGAGAAGUGUGGCCCGGAGCAGCUGAGGGUGGGCAGACUGCACAAGGUGGUGUUCAUUGGUUUGUGCACGGUGCUGAUUCUCUACACCUAUGUGCGGAUACUUAUUGAGGGACGGAGGUUAGGAGUGCUCAACCGGCGCAAUCGCGCCGGGUGCAGGACCAUCGCCCUGCACGGCUCUCAGCUGGCUGUUUACAUCCUCCCCAACUUUGUCAACUUCAUCCUGUCAUCGCUCAAGAAGCACGGGCUGAUCAACACGCCCACCAAAGAGCUGUCAGCAGUAGUAAUCUUUGCCUUCUUCAGCCUGGCGCAGUGCAUCGCGCCAAUUGUUUACGGUUUGCGCAAAGAGGAACUCAUGGAUCAGUUGAGUCACAGGUUCCCCUGCUGCUCCCGGUACUUGAAGAGUGUCCUGGGCUGGACUUUGAGAGCCAGCUGGCCGCAGCACUCACAACACAGAACACGGGAGAGAACACUGACCACUCUGACCAUCCUCUCCCAGGACGUCCCACAAGUCCCUGUGGAGGAUGAGGAAACAAGGCCAGUGUCUGACUCGAGUUUCACACAUGACUCACACUCAUGUCAAGGAGAUACAGACAAUGCCUGAUGGGGUGGCAGUGUCUCAAUACGAGGAUCCUGAGAGGCACUGGAACGCCUGAUGUUCUGAGCCUAUGAGGAACAAAAGAGGAAGCUCCUUGGACUUCAUGACUGCAGUCAGUCAGAGGAAGAUGUAAAAGAGCAGUGUUUUUGUUUUGCUCCAUUGUGACCUUUGGCCAAGUCGUGAACAAACACGCAGACUCUCAGACCAACUGGAGAGCACAGCGUUGCUUUCAGGAGAAGUGGUUAGUUCUCUAAAAUGUGACUUUUCCUGGCAGGUCCAGGGAUAUGAACCUCAAGACUUCAGGUCAGAGGUCAUUCAUUUCAGACCUCUGGGUUAGGAGCAGUGCUGCAUUGUUUCACUGUGAUGGAGAAUGGUUGUGUUUCUCAUGUGUUCAUAACCUUGUGGAUAUUAAAAGCUGUUUAGUCGGA